GAAGCUCCUCCCACUUCCCUUCCUCCUCCUCCUCCUCCUCCCUCCCCUCGCCCGCGGCGGCAUCUGGCCGGUGAGUCGGUCCGUCAGUCCCGUCAGUGAGCGAGCGAGCGAGCGAGCGAGCGAGCGUCCGUCUGUCUGCGUAGGCGCGAGAGGAGAAAGAGAGCCGAACGACGCUGAGACUCCCGACGCGCCAUGGCGGCCGAGCUGAGCGACAUGGCGGAGCCUCCCCCGCUGGGGGUGCCGCCGCCUCCUCCCUCCUCAUCGAGCGCUGAGGAGGCCGAGAGCGAAGCCUCCCCUUCGUCCUUUUUCCCCGCGGCGGUCGAGAUGGAGGCCGAGCCUUCACCGCCGCCGUUGCUGCUGCUGCUGCCUCCGCCUCAGCCCCUCCUGAGCGGCGGCGAAGGCACGGAGAGCAUGUCGGAGCCGAGCCCUCAGAGCGCCAGCCAGGCGGGCGACGGCGACGACGAGGACGAGGAUGACGACGACGACGAGGCCGGCAGCAGCGCCGGGUCCUCGUCCUCCAGCGGCUGCUGCAGCGACGAGAUCCGCUCCCUCAGCCCCGCAGGCAGCGAGGCCUACGCCAAGGGCGGCCUGGGAGAAGGAGGAGUCGGAGGGAGCGGGGGCAGCGGCGGCGGCGACGGGCCCGGGAGCAGCGGAGGAGGCGGAGGCCCGGCAGCGGCGGGAACAGCGGCGGCGGGAGGCGAAGGCCCGAGCGGCGGGGGAAGCGGCGGCAUGUGCAGCAGCAGCUCCAGCGCGGGCGGAGGAGACGAGGGUUACAGCACCGGGAGCGGAGGAAGGAGCGGCGGCAGCAGCACCUGCAGCACCUCGUCGGCAGGCCGGAGGGGCAGCCUCGAGAUCUCCUCGGACGGGGAGCCGCUCAGCCGCAUGGACUCCGAAGACAGCAUCAGCAGUACCAUAAUGGAUGUAGACAGCACAAUUUCCAGUGGACGCUCAACUCCAGUUAUGAUGGGUGGACAAGGAGUUACAGCUUCAUCAGCAAAAAGUAUUGGUUAUAACUGCUGUUGGGACGAGUGCCAUUCUUGCUUCAACUCAAGCCCAGAUCUGGCAGACCACAUUCGCUCUAUACAUGUAGAUGGCCAGCGAGGAGGGGUAUUUGUCUGCUUAUGGAAAGGCUGCAAAGUCUAUAACACCCCAUCAACAAGUCAGAGCUGGUUGCAGCGGCAUAUGCUGACGCACAGUGGUGACAAACCAUUUAAGUGUGUUGUUGGAGGGUGCAAUGCGAGCUUUGCAUCUCAGAGUGGGCUGGCUCGUCAUGUGCCAACACACUUCAGCCAGCAGAAUUCUUCAAAAGUUACCAACCAGCCAAAGGCUAAAGAAGAAUCUCCUUCUAAAGCUGGAAUGAACAAAAGAAGGAAGUUAAAGAACAAGCGGAGGCGCUCUUUACAAUACUCGAAAAUAGGGGGCGUCUUAUACAUGGGGGCGUCUUAUACACGGAAAAAAUACGCAAGACCACAUGACUUCUUCGAUGCGCAGACUCUGGACGCCAUACGUCAUCGAGCUAUCUGCUUCAACCUUUCUGCUCACAUAGAAAGUUUAGGAAAAGGCCACAGUGUCGUAUUUCACAGUACUGUAAUAGCUAAGAGAAAAGAGGAGUCUGGAAAGAUAAAGCUGCUACUUCACUGGACACCAGAGGAUAUUCUUCCUGACGUGUGGGUAAAUGAAAGUGAGCGACAUCAAUUAAAAACUAAAGUAGUUCAUUUAUCAAAACUACCAAAAGAUGCUGCCUUGCUUCUGGACCCAAACAUAUACAGAAAGUCUAGUAAAGGAGGUACACACAGUGGAAUCCUGAAAGAUCACUUCUGUUAAGAUCAUGCUGAACAAUGCCACAGAAGAGGUUGAAGAGGUAAAAACGAGCUCAGCGGGGGCACCUCAUCUAUCAUCUUAUUCACUGGCGGUGGAAUUAGAAUUGAAAAUGCACAUUUAGUCAAGCCCCUCCACCUUACGCUCUUCCCCUGCACCCAGCUGCCACCAACUAUUACGCUUGGUAAACCAUUCUGUGAAUGAAUUCGGUGCAUCUAUGGAAUAUAUUAUAUACAUGGAACAGAUCCUAUAUAUCUGUAUGCCUUCAUGGAAUGGUACGAUAGGAGAUGGGAGGAAAGCAAAAUAUACUGGCAGUAUAGUGGGUGUUCUCAAAGGCUUUGCAUGCUUGCGGCUUUCAUUUUAGCAACCUUCCCCCCACCCCCCACCCCGGCGUAGCCUGUAUCGGAUGAACUGGCAAUUAAUACAUUGCCCUGUACAACCCUCCCCGUGGUUGUUGUUGGGUGUUUUUUUUGUAAGCAAGCUUCUUGGGAUCGUGUCAUUUGGUAAAUGAAAUAAAUACACACUAGAGAGGGAACUCUUCUCUCAAGAGUAUGGUGCGGAGUAAUCCAUUGUCACUUUCGUGAACUUGUGGUCGCAUAACAAGUGGUGGUAUCAUGUUUAAGCAAAAUGGUGGUGGCAUAUUUUCAUUUCUGGUGGAAUAUACGUUCAAGAGGAACAGGUCGGUGUUAAGUGUUGCUGUGUAUCUGAUCCUCUCCAUAAGGACUAUUACUGUAUGUUAGUAAGACUUAACUUUAAUAACCUCUACAGAAGAUGGUAGCAAUGUUGUUUUGUUUACUACUUGGCCUUUAAAACUCCUCUUUGCUACUAAAGAAAUCUUCCUUCUCCUUCCCCCUCCUUUUGGCCUAAAUUUUUCUAGUUGUAAAAAAAUUGUAUUUUUUAAAAAAGAAGCAUUUAAAAAUACAAUCGUUUAUGCACCAAAGUUGGCUAUGAAAAGAAAAUUGAAUUGCUUCCUGGCUUUAGUAAGCAAGAAAUUAUGGACUUCCUUUAACCUACAGGAAUAGAAAAAUAUGUGUUACCAUGUUCGUCUUAUAUGGAGACAAGAGAGAGAGAGAGAAAUAGAAAGAUAAUGGGACAUUGCUUGUAAAAUAAUUUUGCAGAUUUGUAAUAUAUUUUUAUAUUAUGAAAUGUAGAUGUUUUUUCUAGAGGCAUGGAAGUUGAGAUGUAUAUAUUAUGGUAGAAAUAAUAUGGAAGGAUAUUGUAAUUCAUUAGUGCUGCCAGAAGAAUUUGUUUAAAAGCAAGCACCUUUCCUAACAAUAAAAAAGUCUUUUGGAUUUCUAAGAGACUAUAUACUACUGUUGUAAAAACAAAAAAACACAUUGAACAUCCUUCCAGAAACCUUUGAAGGAUGCACAGUAUCCUUAGGAUUUUUACAGCGCUCAUUGCUAGUAAGGGAUAUUAAAUCAUUCUUUUCCUUGCUUGUUGGAAGGAACAAAUGUAAAAAAAAAAUAUUAUAUGGUGGCUAUAUGCAGUCAAACUGCAUGAUUAACCCUCCAUGUUUAGGAGGAUUUUUUUUUUUUUGCAUUACUACAGUGAAUAUAAAUACCAGCUGUUUUUACACUUUUUUUUUUAAUUAAAUAGCAAAAAAACAAAACUCUAGACUCUGCUUGGAGAACUUAGCUUUUCCAAUACCAUAAAUUGGGGUCUACCUUAAUGAAGAUGAGAUGCUUGCUUGGGUCCCAGUGAGUUUAGAAUGGUCUAUAUACAUUUGAAUUCCUUAUCGAUGUGUGGAUUAUAAGCACCACUAACAUGGAAUGGUUCUGGAAUAGUCGUUUAAUAAUGGUAUUUCAUAAAGAUCUGUAGCAAUGUUACUAUUUAAAAAAAACAAUGCAGUUAUUUUUAUUUCUUAUUUUUUAAUUUUGCUUGAGCACUUCAGUUACCGCUUAAACUUAUAUGGUCACCUGCAAUUACUUUGAUUCUUUUUUUAAAAAAAGUUAUAAAAUUGCCAAAUAGGUGUUUUCAGAUAUAGUUUGUAUUUGUAUUUUUAAAUUUUAUUUCUUUUUGCAUUCAUUGUAUACCAUUCUUAAUUGACAGAUGAUUGUAGACCCUGCCUGAGUAUUUUUUCUAAUAAAACAAUGCAAAUAUAA